CAAAUACAACAAAUAUGGUGUCGCUUGAAACUGUACAAAACAGCAACUCUGCUAUCAAGGAAUAUGGUCCCAACCUGGUGGCAGUUUUUGUGGGUGGCACCAGUGGAAUCGGUGAAAGUACCGCCCGUGCUUUUGUGAAAUAUGCUGUUUCUCCGCGCGUCUAUCUCGUCGGACGGAGCGAGGCUCGAGCUUCCCAGAUUAUCGAAGAUCUCCGCGCUUUGAAUCCAGAUGGACAAAUCAGUUUCAUUAAGGGUGAUGUUUCGCGUCUGCAAGAAGUAGACCAGACAUGCAAAGAAAUUCAAGCCAAGGAAGACAAGAUUAAUCUGUUGGUGCUGAGUGCUGGCAUUUUGACUACCAAGGGGCGUGAUGGUAUGUUUUUAUAUUUUGAUUUUCGCGCCCACUUAUCAACCUCUCUAAUGAAUAAAUCUUAG